AUGCCAUCGUGUCUAGGAAACACGACUGACUGCCUGCUGGGUGAGCUUGUGGAUCAAGGACGUGGCUUUCAGUGGGACCCUCUCAACUUCGCAUUUACGGCCAUACUGAGCAUCCUCGCGUUGUUCGUCGCUACACUUGCGCUGCUCCAAGGUGUUCUUGCUGCUGGACCCGGGCGACUGAAAGCAAGUCAAAAUGUUAUUGGCUUCGUCUACGGACAAAGUGCGCGGACACGCUUCGACUGGACCGAAUGGAGAUUCCGAACCACCGUCCAGGUUCCUAUUAUUGAUCUACCUCAAAUCAUCUCGGCUUCUCGAAAAUGGGAUUCCGAGUCCCACAUUGAAAGGAAUGCAUCGUUACAACGACGAGCCCGAAAAUUCCUGUCCCGGAUAUUUAUGCGCUCUUCUUCAAGGUGUCAUCCUGCCACACACUCUCGCGAUGUUGAAGCACUUCCCAGAGAGGAACAGUCAGAUGCUGAAGACGUGUCGGCGAGCUGGACCAUGUUACUGCGACACGUUGGUCUCGAGCCUAUCAAAUUGCGGACCAGACUGUGCAAGACCGACCACCUUCCGGCAGAUGUCCCCGCGGCACCUGCUUUUGCGACUAUCGAAGCUCUCAUGGUUCUUGCGGUCCUUGCUGGGUGUACGUCCUGCUAUGUCAGGCAGGAUCUUCCACUGGCAAAAGGUCCACAAGUACAAAUAGUCCUGAGACAGCACCCCAGUUUAGGACUCGUUGGAAUCUAUCAAAGUUACAAAGAGCGAAGUGAGUCGGAGAAUCUCCCAUUGGAGCAAACGCGUUGGGCAUGUCUUGAAGCACUCGGUCACGUUCGUUUCCAUCAGCAACCAUUUCUGGAGAUAAGAUGCCUCCCGAAAAACCAGAUCGAUGUGAGGACUAAUCUGACUGCCCUGCUAAAUAUCAUCGAUCACCAAGACCAGUGCGACCACGAAAUAUGUACGGAACGGGUUAAAUCUCUCCGCCUGUCUCCUCAACUUCUGAUGCGUCAUAACAGCUACUCACAAUUGAUGCUGCUGGUGUUGCUCUUUGCCGACAGGCCUCGAGCCAGUACGCUAUUUCCGCUCAGACUGUUCAGGUAUUAUGAAGACGUUCACUUAUCAAUAAAAAGCAGUCCGAGCUGGAGUGCGGAGCCACUGAAUGUUAUCGAGGCGCUGAAGCUCUUGCCUCUUGAUGAAAAGAGUCUGCUGUUGUUCAGAUAUCACCCAUCUCGGCGUGAUGUUGCCGUUGAUCGUCGGCAUUCCAAAGUUGAGGACUACCACUUCAGACCAAAUGAAACCAAUAUCGGCAUGCAACCGCUCAUCGACGACCAUUUUGCCGGUACCACUCAACAGACAUGGUUUGGGCCGGCUGUCUCUCUAGGACAAAGUGCACCUUUGCGAGCAUUUCCAUUGAGCCCCCCACAACCCUCUGCAACGACAGCAACUCAUCCCCCUCAGCUAUUUUCUGCCACGGAUGGUGAUUUAUUGGUGUCCGCAGACGCAUUAGAGCUGUGUUUUCAGUGGAGAAGCGGUGCACAAUACCUCAACAACCUGACUCUCCCUGAGAGAAUGGAAGCCCGAAAAUGGCUUGCCUGGCAGCUGGCCACCGUCGACUCUUGGUUGAGAGAACAUGGAAGUGAAGACUCUUUUUGCGCGACGAUGAACCUACUGGCCAGAUUGUACAUUACCACAAGAGAUACACUCAAAGUGCAUGACGGCCCUUCCCGUCCUCUUCUUGCUAUUCUUGAUGGUGAAGAGGCAGGCGAUCAAACACCCGCUGAACGUGUGGAACACAAUCUACGGGGUCAUCUUGCAAUACGAGACGAUUUCGUGGGGGAACUUUAUACGAAUGGCGAAGAGCGAAGACUCACUGAUGAUGAAGGUACUCAUACUGAAUCCCCUGGCCAGCCUCUGCUUGAAUGGUAUCCAGGAAAGAGGGAAGGGGACUCUGAAGAGGACAUCCCUUUGCGCACGUUUGCAAGUAAUGAGGGUGACCCUUCACCUAACUAUUCGCGAGAACCUCGCGAGGACGAGGAAUAUGUCAUGUCACGUUUUGCAAAGCAUCUGAAGCGCUGUCGUCACUGUCCGGAUCUUCACGAGAUGCAUCUUCAAAGUGGUUCAGGACUCUGCAAAAGAGGUUUGGUCUACGCGCGAAGGGUUGCACGAUACGUAUACCCGAUCAAUGGUAAACCCUAUUCAGUCAUUGAUAAAAGAAACGGAAAUGAUGUUGAGCUCAUUCUUAGUGGAGCUGUGUCCGAUGCAAUCCAGUCCCUUCUGUUUGCCUUCGAGCAUGGACUCUGGUUAGAAAUUUUUCGACAAGAUGAGGAUGAUGAACCGUCGUCACCUCAGCCUCGGACACAUUUUGACGAUACAGGCCGGAGGUCAUCACGAGGUCGAGGCAGAGAGACUUCAAUCCCUCCCCUCGACGAGGCGAGAGCGAGACGGUCUCAAUCUCGUGAAAGAGUGCGGCCAAUAUUGCGACCUAAGAGCCGACUUGAGGCGAUGGAGACGCUUCUUCUCUUCCGCGCAGUGCUAUAUGCUGCUCUAGCCAGCACUGCAAUGGAUAGUAGCGACAUUCUGGAGAUGAAGGACCGAGAUGAGAUCGUACAGGUCUUGUAG